AUGGAACGAGUUUCAAUCAAAAAUAAAGAAAUAAUAAAAGCAUUAAGAAAUGAAGCCUUUAAUGAAUGUAAAUUAUCAAUCAAACGUCGUGUUGGGUGUGCAUCCGUUUGUUCUGGUUGUGGUGCUAAACGUUCCGUGGCGGGGGAACAUAAAGCAGAGCUUGCUGAAGAAUCACCGAAAGAUCAUAAAUGUCCUUCUGAGCAAUGCAAAUGUGAAAUAUUUCUUCUUGCAUUUGUCAUGGUUCAUGAAACGAAUCGCUAUAUUGCCGAAGCAUUUCAUGGAGGACGUUAUUACAAAACUCAAAAACCACGUCUAGUUAUUUGUUAUCAAGACUGGGCAACUACUGGAAAACAAGUUAGUGAUCAAGACCAUUUCAUAAUCUCAAAAGCAUAUACUGUGCACGAAAAACGUACGAGUACUGCAAAAACAAACCUUGUUCGUUCUGUUAGUCGGGUGCAUAAGCAUUUCUUUUGA